AUGGUAGGUUAUCUACCUGUUCACUACACCUGGACCAUGGUAGGUUAUCUACCUGUUCACUACACCUGGACCAUGGUAGGUUUAUCUACCUGUUCACUACACCUGGACCAUGGUAGGUUAUCUACCUGUUCACUACACCUGGACCAUGGUAGGUUAUCUACCUGUUCACUAAACCUGGCCAUGGUAGGUUAUCUACCUGUUCACUACACCUGGACCAUGGUAGGUUAUCUACCUGUUCACUACACCUGGCCCAUGGUAGGUUAUCUACCUGUUCACUACACCUGCCCAUGGUAGGUUUAUACUACCUGUUCAUACACCUGGACCAUGGUAGGUUAUCUACCUGUUUCACUACACCUGGACCAUGGUAGGUUAUCUACCUGUUCACUACACCUGGCCCAUGGUAGGUUAUCUACCUGUUCACUACACCUGGCCCAUGGUAGGUUAUCUACCUGUUCACUACACCUGGACCAUGGUAGGUUAUCUACCUGCUCACUACACCUGGAACAUGGUAGGUUAUCUACCUGUUCACUACACCUGGACCAUGGUAGGUUAUCUACCUGUUCACUAA